AAAUCAGAUUACGAGGAAUACUUUUAAGUAAGUACAGAGUAAGUGUUCGCUGAGCGCCUCGGAAGCAGAAGUUGAACUGGAGAUUUGUGGGAUGGAUCUGAGCUCCGCUGUUUCACUUCUGCUUUAACGAAGUUAGAUCGAAGAGCAGCCGCUGCUGCGAGUAGAGAGUCACUGAAUGAGCAGGAGGGUUUUUACAGCGUUUUACCUCCGUCGAUAUGUUUGUAUAAUGAGGAAGAAGAGUAUAUCCCUACGGUGAAUAUGGCACUGUCCAGCUGUCCAGCUCCAGUGUUGAUUGGAGACCCCUGCCUCAGCGGCUGGGAGGUGAUUGGCUCCGGGGGGUUUGGACAAAUCUACAAAGCCAGGCAUGAUAAGUGGUGCUGCGAUGUGGCCAUUAAGCUGCUCCAUUAUGACGACGGGAGCAGUUCGUCUUUGCUGCGUGAGAUCGACAUGAUGCGUCUAGGGAGCAGCCCGUAUGUUAUUCAGGUCCUUGGGGUCUUCAAGGGCCGACUGCCGAACUCUGUGUCUUCAGUACAGCUCGGUCUGGUCAUGGAGUACAUGGAGAGAGGAUCACUGGCCGCCCUACAGGACACCUUACGUGGAACGCCACCAUGGCCACUGGUCUUCAGACUGGCUUACCAGGUGGCUCUGGGCAUAAACUUCCUCCACAAUCUCACCCCUGCUAUGCUCCACCUGGACCUGAAGCCCAGCAACGUGCUGUUGGACUCCUAUCUCAAUGCAAAGCUUACAGAUUUUGGCCUUUCCAAGAUUUACCACAGCGUCACCCGAGUUUCCAAGAAGGGCAGCGAAGAGGAAGGAGGGACGAUCAGCUACAUGCCACCGGAGGCUUUUGACAUAGUGUACAAACCUUCGCAAGCCUCUGAUAUCUACAGUUAUGGGAUACUCCUGUGGUCUGUUGUCACAGGGAAACAACCGUAUGCAAAUGCGUUGUCCAGCAUGGUGCGGUUUCGCAUCCCCCAGGGAGACCGUCCAUCGCUGGACGAGAUCAGGUGCCAGGCUGCCGGGCGCGCAGGGCUGACAGGACUGAUGGAGCUCAUGGAGAAAUGCUGGGAUGCGGUACCCGACAAAAGGCCCUCCUCCUUUGAGUGCACACGUGCUACAGAAGAACUGUUUAAGGUGCACAAACAUGCAGUCCUUGAUGCUGUCCAUCAAGUGCUGAAGAAACUGGAGCAAAAUGAAGAAGAACUCAUAACAACACAGGUUCAGAGGAUUCAUAUCACUCAGCCUUCAGCGUAUCGCAGAGUUGAAGCCGUGAACGUUCGUAAUGAUGUGCCGACAGGACGCCGACCAGUUCAGGAAAUGGCUGGCGGUUGGUCUGCAAAUCAAAGAGACGAUACAGCGAGAGUUAGAGGCAUGCCUCCAUCUCAGCAUGGAAAUGUGUGCCAUGUUGACCAGCCCCGCUCAUCAGUGGACUACAGUAAAAUUAAAUCGUCCUCAGUUCAUCCCAUUGGUUCGUCCCCAUCACCUUCUCUAACUAAGUCGUCGUCUAAAGUCAGAGCAGCCGGGAAUCCCCAGGCGGCUUUUAGGCAAAACAUGUUCCAGCAGUACCAGCGUCAGUUUUCCAGCCCUGACAGUUUCCCCUGCAUUCCUGACUUUGCACGGAGCGUCUUCCUCCACCUCAGCCAUGUAACUGGAUUCCAGAGUGGCUCCAACAACACCAUGCACAUCUACUCCUCAGACCUGUCAGAGAGGAAACGGCACCCAACAGCCCCAUCUAGUGUCAACCUCCCGCCACCACAUGCAGGAAAGAGAAAGGAGAAGACAGGAGGAGAUGGCUGAGUUCGCGAGGAGCUGUUUGAUUCUGAGUUCUCUAAUUUUCUAGUACAGUUCUCUAUGUUUGGUUUGUCCUCUGUUGCACAACAGGAAGGUGUUUUGUAAGAGAGGCUCUCUGAAUUCUCCUAUGAAUGUUUUGGGGUUUAUUUUUUUCCGGUGUUUGCUUUUCUUAUCUGAACAGGAUUCAGAUAGGGUUAGCUAGGGAAAGAGUUUGUUUGCAUGCUGUCUUUAUUUAUUCUGCUUCAUUUGUUUGAAAUUUUUUAUACCAAUGAAGAGCACCUCACACCUCCUGUUUUGCCCUGUCAGCAGUUUAAAUAUGAGCCAAGUCUGAUCAUAUGGCUUUGCUUUUUUUCACCAGCUGUAGUCAGCAAAUAUUUACAGUCGCAGUGCCAACUCACCAUCAGGUGCCGAAAACCGCCUUAACAAACUAGUUUUAUGGUUUUGCUUUAAAUGCCAGAUGCACAUGUGAGGAGAAAUGGAUAUUUUGAAACUCUUCGGUAAGUUCAUUGCUUUCCUAAUGCUGGAAUCUCCACCCCUUUGAUAUGUCAUGAACUUUAAAAAUAAUCAUUGUUGUGAUCCAGGCCUGGCUGCCUUUAUCUGCACGGAAGUGUUGAAUCGGAUCAUCUACAUCUACUUUGUACAUAUGUGUUUUUUGGAAAUUUAGUCUUUCAUGGCUACACUUCAAUGUUCAGGCCAAAGGAGCUUCUUUAUCAUUUUUCUAUAAUUUUUAAAUGAUUUUUUAAAAAAUGCAUAAAUUGACGCACAGGACAUCCAGUAUUUUGAGGCAGAUGAAAUGAUGCUGUUGGGAUGCUGGACUUGAAUACUUCACUCAGUAGAAGCAUGAUGUAGCUUCAAUGAAGUUUACAAUAUUGAAAACAAAACAAAACAUUGCUUUAUCUUAAAGUAUAACUCUGGGGUUACGCUGUACCAAAACAACAAAGAACUGAUCAUCUGCUCAUGAAUGUAAGAAAAAUACACAGUAUCACCAGACUUGUCCUUGAACUCUUAAGGGACUUAAGUGGAAAUGAAAGGGAAACAUUAAGAACCUGCUGAUUGCUUUAGUGUUAUAAGAAAAGUACACUUUGCUGUGAUUCUGAUAACUUAAUAAAUUCUACAUUUGUA